UGCUCAUUCAGCAAUCACCUUUAUCGUUUCUCAUAAUAAUGGCAUCGGAGCCUGCUUUGCUUUGCUCUUCACCUACACGAACUCAGUCACUUCAUUUUGUUUUGCUUGCUCCGCGAUUGUAAAAAGUUACCUAACGCUUUCUCUCCUUCAUUUCUUGUUCGCGCUUCCCUCUUCUUCUCUGUCAGUGUUUAGUCGCUAUUCCAUUGUUUCUUCUCAGAGAGUGACAAGGUUAGAAAGCAAAAGAGAGAGAAGCCCAAGUUAUGGCAGGAGGAGGCGGAGGAGCUCCGGCACCGAAAGCAGAUGAACCGCAGCCACACGUACCAAAGGAUCAGCUACCAAAUAUUUCUUAUUGCAUUACGAGUCCUCCUCCAUGGCCUGAGGCUAUACUUCUUGGUUUUCAACAUUAUCUCGUGAUGCUUGGCACAACUGUUCUCAUUCCCACUGCUCUUGUUCCCCAGAUGGGAGGUGGCAACGGGGAGAAGGCGAAAGUCAUCCAAACACUACUUUUUGUUGCUGGUAUAAACACUUUGUUGCAAACACUGUUUGGAACUCGACUGCCUGCUGUAAUUGGAGGGUCUUAUACCUUUGUUCCAACCACAAUAUCAAUUAUACUUGCUGGUCGAUUUAGUGAUGUUGCAGAUCCCAUAGAGAGAUUCAGGAGGAUAAUGCGGGCAAUCCAGGGGUCUCUUAUUGUUGCUUCAACUCUUCAAAUAGUGCUAGGCUUUAGUGGCCUUUGGCGCAAUGUUGCAAGGUUUCUAAGUCCACUCUCAGCAGUUCCUUUGGUAUCUCUUGUUGGUUUCGGGCUAUAUGAAUUAGGUUUUCCUGGGGUUGCUAAAUGUGUGGAGAUUGGAUUGCCAGAGCUUAUAUUGUUAGUAUUUGUUUCACAGUACAUACCCCAUGUGCUACACUCCGGAAAACAUGUCUUUGAUCGUUUUGCUGUUUUAUUUACAAUUGCAAUUGUGUGGAUAUAUGCUCAUGUACUCACUGUUGGAGGGGCCUAUAACGAUGCUGCACCUAAAACACAAUCAACCUGCCGCACUGAUCGUGCUGGACUGAUAGAUGGUGCUCCAUGGAUCAGCAUUCCAUAUCCCUUUCAAUGGGGAGCACCUUCAUUUGAUGCAGGUGAAGCCUUUGCCAUGAUGAUGGCUUCCUUCGUUGCUCUUGUAGAGUCCAGUGGAGCUUUUGUUGCUGUGUCUAGGUACGCUAGCGCAACUCCAAUGCCACCAUCUAUUCUCAGUCGGGGUAUUGGCUGGCAGGGGGUUGCCAUUCUUGUGUCGGGAUUAUUUGGAACUUCCACAGGAUCCUCUGUAUCAGUAGAAAAUGCUGGUCUUUUAGCCUUGACCCGUGUUGGCAGUCGAAGAGUUGUGCAAAUAUCAGCUGGAUUUAUGAUUUUCUUUUCAAUUCUUGGGAAAUUUGGAGCAGUUUUUGCCUCUAUACCACCACCCAUUGUUGCUGCUCUGUACUGCUUGUUCUUUGCGUAUGUCGGUGCUGGAGGUCUCAGUUUUCUUCAGUUCUGCAACCUCAACAGUUUUAGAACGAAGUUCAUAUUAGGCUUCUCUAUCUUCUUGGGGUUGUCAGUGCCACAGUACUUCAACGAGUACACAGCAAUCAAUGGUUUUGGUCCCGUUCACACAAGUGCCAGAUGGUUCAACGACAUAGUGAAUGUGCCAUUCCAAUCAGAAGCGUUUGUUGCGGGAUGUGUGGCAUAUUUUCUGGACAACACCAUACAUAAGAAAGAUGGGGCCAUUAGGAAAGACAGAGGAAAGCAUUGGUGGGACAAGUACCGAUCUUUCAAGGGUGAUAGCAGAAGUGAGGAGUUCUAUUCUCUGCCUUAUAAUCUGAACAAAUACUUCCCAUCUGUGUAAUUUGUGUAUAAGAGCUGAGACACUUGAGGGUUGGUUUCAUUAGAUGUUUGCUUCAGCAAGUCUUGUUUGAUCGUGUUCUGACAUCACAUUCGACCUUAUUCCACGCUACAACUGUAUUAUGAUUAGUCUAAUUAUAAUCUUUAAUUCCUUACUAA